AACAUCGGCAACGCCGCUUAUUCUCGUUCGCAGUUGUAAUUAAGGGGUAGCCAUUUUGCUCGAGCUGGGAGUGUGUAGGGUGGAAAAAUUGAGUGUUUAGUGCGUUUGCUGUGGCGAAAAGCUGUCAAAAUUGCCCGUCUUCGAACCUUAUGGCUUGUCUAAACACUCUGAAACAAGAGAUUCGGACUUUAGAGCAGAUAUUCGGCAAAAACCAUGAACGAUUUCAGAUUGUCUCCGCGAGUGUGGACGAGCUGAGCUGCAGGUUUAUAGGGAAGAACGGCAAGAAAUACCCCAUCCACGCGAACAUAACGGAGACUUAUCCGUCGGUGCCCCCAGUAUGGUUCGCAGACUCAGAAGAAACGAGUAUCACCAAUGCAGUACAAAUUUUAAGUAACACAGAGGGUCUGGACAACCAUGUCCUGCACCAAGUAAUAAUCCUCUUAAAAGAAUUGUGUAGACUCCAUGCCGUUUCAGAGCCCCCUGACUUGGACCGACUUCGAAUAUCAGAUUUACUCACGUCAGAUAGGAUAAGUAAUAGCGGUUUGGAACCCAUGGAAGAUGAAGGACUGGACAGCGACGCCGACGCCCAGGAUUCCGAUGGCUUACCAGCUGACGAGGACAGCGAUGACGGUGACGACGAAGACCUGGGUAUGGACAUGGAGGAGGGCCCCACCGGGCGACCUAAGGCCGACGAAAUGGGCGUAGAACACCUGGCAACGUUGGAGAGGCUCAGGCAAAAUCAGCGACAAGACUACCUAAAGGGCUCGGUAUCGGGUUCCGUUCAAGCCACCGACCGACUGAUGAAGGAACUGCGCGACAUCUACCGUUCCGAAUCCUUCAAAAACAAAAUGUACCAGAUCGAACUAGUGAACGACUCCCUAUACGAGUGGAACGUACGACUCAUGUCCGUCGACCCGGACAGUCCCCUCUCCCACGACCUCCAAAUGCUCAAGGAGAAAGAGGGCAAGGACGCCAUCUUGCUGAACAUGCUCUUCAAGGACACAUACCCUUUUGAGCCACCUUUUGUCAGGGUUGUGUAUCCGAUUAUUUCGGGUGGAUAUGUGCUGGUAGGAGGAGCUAUAUGUAUGGAAUUGCUGACGAAACAGGGUUGGAGCAGCGCGUACACGGUUGAAGCUGUCAUAAUGCAGAUAUCGGCGACGCUGGUCAAGGGCAAGGCGAGGAUUCAGUUCGGGCCACCUAAAGUAUGCUCACAGGGACAGUAUAGUUUGGCCAGGGCCCAGCAGAGUUUCAAAAGUCUGGUUCAGAUACACGAGAAAAACGGCUGGUUCACACCUCCCAAAGAAGACGGUUAAGCCAGCGUUUUCCGCCAUCUUUAUCUCAAAAAAAAACUAAUACAAAAAACCACCACCAGAGGACGCCAAUCCACCCCUCAGUCUCGUCAAUCGUCGUCGUUGUCGUCAGUUUAUCGAAAAAAAAAACACAAAAACAGACAAAACAAAAAGUAAUUUACAUCUAAAUUGUUGUAUUUAGUGCCUAAAGAACGUUUUAUUUAUCUCUUCUGUCCCGAACGUAAAAUUAACCCCCACGCCCCUGUCCGAAAUAAAGUACUACCGCCCUUUACCGUUUA